CGUAAAAUCAAUACUGCAGUGCUUGAGGUCAGUCAUUGAUUCGCAACACUAUUAAGUAUCGUACUAUGAAGUACGAAAAUCGUGGUAAUUGUAUUUAAGAGCAAGUAGGACCCUGUUGUGUUUCAUCACGAUAGAAAACCGGGACCAACUACCGCGUACCACAGUACGAAAUUACGUACUAAAGUACUUGGAGUGUUCUCGUAUCGUCAGGACCAUACGUACUCGUACCAGUUGCAAAAGUGGGUAUGGUAUCGAAAUGUUACUGGCCUUGCUUGUACCUUGAUUGCGUUAGCUCCGGAGCUUUGAACGAAUGGAUGUCGAUCGUGUCUGGGUCCUGAGGAGCAUCUUGGACCACAAAUUUUUUUCUACAAUCAAUUAUUUAAGGUUAUUACUACUCAAUGGUCAUGUGGACCAUCCCUUUCAGACCUGUCAUAGAUCGCUUAUUGGGUAACUCAACGGAAAAGCUCAUUUUUCAAUCAUUUUUCAAAUGUUUACAAUGAUUAAAAAAUAUCAUCUACUGUAAAAAAAGUGUCAGUUAUCGUAACAUUUUAUGCUCUUGUGCUAUGACAUUUUUGAAAAUAGAAUACUCUUGUUUCACUCGUAAUACAUAAUAAUUUAGGUCAUUGCUGAGGUUCGGCAUACGCGUUGAAUGCUUCAACGUGUCCUUAAUACCAUAAAUAAAAAGCCACUACCAAGUAAAAUUCCUCAACUUCAUACAUUCAAAAAUAGUGAAGAGUGUWAAUCGAGAGAACUGAACCACUCAAGCAGAUCAGUAAGGACUACUCUAGAACACGAAAACAAAACCCGUUUAAAAAAAUGGUCAUUUCAUUUUUUUCAGUGGUACAACUAAAUUGAACGAAAACAACGUACUUUCACUCCUUUCCGAACACACGACCUCUCGCAAACAAUAUAACCUCAGCAAUCAAAGACUGGCACAAUUAGCAUUCAAAGAGACCAACCUUCCCAUCGUUUCGGAACAGCAAUCACCAAGUAGAAAAUAUAAUURCUCUCUUCACUCCAAUCUGCUCCAAACUUUUCUGAACAGAAAAGAACAAAACGAAACAGAAAAGACUAGAACAAAACGAAGCCUUGUCUCUAGAAGAAUCUCUCUCUACCACGGUGGCGUGCCAAAAAAAGACCCACAGACAAAAAAAGAACUCGCGAACGACAUUCAGUCUUCCAAAAUGGAUGCCGCUAUUCACAACUUUCGCAUGCGACAGCAACGCCGUCCCUCGAAUCUCUUGCAUUGCAUGGACAGAGACGGGAACAUCGAUGCCUUUCGGUACAUUGAAUACAGCAAGCGGCGACGCGUGGACUUUUUGAAACGCGCUAAUUUUAUUUGUACCAUGAAGUCCUCUCUGCAGCAGCAGCGACAACAGCAUCAGCAACGCCAGCAACAGCUAUUACGCCAACAGCGCCCGUCGUCUCUCUCGGGAAUGAACACCGUCAUGCAGCCGGCAAUGUCGAUUCCGCCUGUCGUUCCAUCUGUCUUGACGAAGCUCCCUGCGGACCUUGCUGCCUUCGGCAAUGCCGCCGCUCCUUCUUCCGCCUUUGGUGGUGUUGGCAUGAGCGGGUUGGCCUUUUCGAAGGUGCAAGGAUCUGCGGCACGCCGUGUCAGCAACGCCGGUCACCGCCAGGAUCACCAGUUUGUUUCGUCCCGUGCUUCUUCCAUGCCCUUGCCCUUUGCAUCGUCCUUUGCGAUCAAUAGCACGAACUACAACAACGCAAGAAGCGCCACGACGACGACGGCCAACAAGAGGAACAUUGGCUCACGGAUUGUUUCCGUCGAAAGCGACUGCAGUAGCAGCAAUGCCAAACUCGGAAGCGCCGACGACAAGAAGAAAAAGACCAACAAGCGCAUGGYCUCCUCCUCCAUACCGAAAGUCAUCUCGUCCCCGCCCUCUCCAUCUCUUUACCAAGGACAGAGACAAGAAAAUCGGCAACAAGGCCUUUCUUCGAAACCACACCGUCGGUUGGAAAAGGAAGAACUCGAAGCCGCAGAAGCUCUUUUGUUUGGAAUGGGCCGCGACUGCAAAGUCAACAAAACCCCGGAAAAUGCAGCAGCCGCCGCACAAGGCCGUUCUCUUGGAAUCGACAAGCGAAACGUUGCCUCCGUUUCCGAAUACGAGCAACAAGCCGGGGAAGAAGUGUCUAAAAAGCGAAAGAUCGACCACUGUCACCAUGGGCUUUGCACAACUGCUGCCACCGACGACGACGCGGAAUCUUCGACGAUCGUAUCCGCAGAGGAAGAGACCAGCCUUGACAACAGCAUCAACAGCAUGACACAAAAGUGUGCAAAGUGUAUCGCAAGAGAAUUUGGGCGGUGAACGCAUCGAAUGGGGCCUUGAAUGGAAUGACGACGUCCGGUGGCUCACGUGCCCGCACUAACACACGGAUACAUAGAUAUGUAYAUACACMAAUGUAAAAUAUCAUCCAACAGCAUGAUUCUAUGGGUUGGAGUUUUUGUAUGUCUUUGGGAAUCCAACACCGCAUAAAAAUCGAAGAAGGAAGAACAAACGAAYGAAUUGUAAACGAUGGAAACCACAAGUGCUGUUCGCUUGGUCUUGUUUGCCAGCGAACGAAGUCGAAGUCGAAUUUACUCUUUUUUUCUAGUAUUUACUGGAAAUAGGAAACUAGAUGUACUUUUAUAGAUGUGGUUGGGAUAGACAGCAUUGAAAUGCAAUGAUUUGUACGACUAUAUCWACCAAGAAAUAGUAUCGUGAUUGUUUGAGAACUAUGAAUUGUAAUGAAUGGGUAACUACUGUACGAAGUAUCGCAACGAACAAAGUAAAAUACAACGGCAGUA